AUGCCGCCUCCGCCGCACCAAAAACCCGAGAAUGUGCUGAAGCGUGCUCACGAGCUCAUCGGCGUCAACCAGGCCCCCGCGGCCCUGAACCUGCUUCACGAACACGUCACCAGCAAGCGUUCCCGAAAUGUUCCCAUCGCCUCGUUGGAGCCUGUGAUGCUCCUGUUGGUGGAGCUGUCCGUCGAACAGAAGAAGGGCAAACUGGCCAAGGACGCCCUCUACCAGUAUAAGAAUAUUUCUCAGAACACCAAUAUUGGCACUAUUGAGCUUGUCUUGAAGAAAUUCAUCGAGUUGGCCGUUGAAAAGGUCACCGCUGCCCAGCAAAAGGCCGACGAAGUUCAGUCUAGCAUCGAUGCUACUGCUACUACGAAUGUCGACGAUUUGGAAGCCACCGAGACUCCGGAGUCCAUCCUCCUUGCUACUGUCUCUGGAGAACAGUCCCGCGACCGCACUGACCGUGCCAUCGUCACCCCUUGGCUCAAAUUCCUGUGGGAAGCAUACCGAACCGUUCUCGAUAUCCUCCGCAACAAUGCUCGUCUCGAAGUUCUUUACCAGAGCACUGCUAUGCAGGCUUUCGAUUUCUGCCUCAAGUAUACCCGAAAGACCGAGUUCCGACGUCUUUGCGAGCUUCUGCGAAACCAUGUUCAGACUGCCGCCAAGUACUCCUCGCAGAUGCACGCCAUCAACCUCAGCGACCCCGAUACUCUUCAGCGUCAUCUCGAAACUCGUUUCCAGCAGCUCAACGUCGCCGUUGAGCUCGAGCUCUGGCAGGAGGCCUUCCGCAGCGUCGAAGACAUUCAUACCCUUCUAAGCCUGUCCAAGCGCCCUCCCAAGAAUGUCAUGAUGGCCAACUACUACGAGAAGCUUACUAGAAUCUUCUUGGUCGGCGAAAACUACCUGUUCCACGCUGCUGCCUGGUCCAGAUACUACACUCUGCUCCGGCAGUCUUCCGUCCUGGUUGCCAGCGGACAGGGCAAGAAGGCUGACAACCCUCCUGCUUCCGAUGCCGAUCUUCAAAAGGCUGCUUCUUUUGUCCUUCUAUCUGCCCUAGCUAUUCCGGUCAUCAGCACCUCUCGAUCUCGCGGUGCUAUGGUCGACUUUGACGAGGCCAGAAAGAACAAGAACUCCCGCCUUACUCACUUGCUGGGUAUGACCCAAGCUCCUACUCGUAACAGACUCUUCCGUGAUGCUCUGUCCAAGUCCCUACUUCAGCGUGCUCGCCCUGAGAUCCGGGAUCUCUUCAACAUUCUGGAGGUUGACUUCCACCCUCUGUCAAUCUGCCAGAAGAUCUCCCCCAUCUUGACAAAGAUUGGUGAAGAUGCUGAGAUGGAGCGAUAUAUCGUCCCUCUUCAACAGGUCAUUCUUACACGACUUUUCCAGCAGCUGUCUCAGGUCUACGAAACGGUUGAUCUGUCCUUUGUUGAGACCCUUGCUCAGUUUCCGGAGCCUUACCAGGUUACCCGUGGCACUAUUGAAAAGUUCAUUAUGAAUGGCAACAAGAAGGGCGAUCUUGCCAUCCGUAUGGACCAUGCAACUGGCGUUCUCAGCUUUGACAACGAUGUCUUCUCUUCUGCCAAGGCUGGAUCCGCUGGAUCCGCCGAGUCUGAGACUGGUACCGUCCAGCGUCUGCAGAGCACUCCCUCUGACAUUGUCCGCUCACAAUUGACUCGCCUUGCUCGAUCGCUGUACACUACCUGCCAUUACAUUGACCCCAACUUCAAUAAGGAACGGGCAGCUGCUAGACAAGCUGCUCUGCAGCGAGCCAAGGCUGGCGCUGAGCAAGAGCGUCAAGACAUCCUUGCCCGCAAGGAGACUAUCCAGAAGCGCAAAGAGGAAGCAUCUGAGCUCCAGGCUCGUCGGGAAAAGGAAAAUGCCCGACAGAAGCGUCUCCGUGAGCAGGCUCUUCAAGAGGCCGAGGACAAGAGACUGGCUGCCGAGCAAAAGGAACGCGAGGCUAAGCGUCUCCAGGCUGAGCGUGAUCGAGUUCGUAAGGAUGAACUCAAGAAGCAGAUUGCCGAGCUCAAGAUGUCUGACAAGGUCUUGGACAUUGACCUUGAUGACCUUGACAACCUUGACACCAACCGCCUUCGUGCCAUGAAGCUUGCUCAGCUAGAGCGUGAGAAGAACGAUGUCAAUGAGAAACUUCGCAUUACUGGCAAGCGGUUUGAUCAUCUGGAGCGUGCCUUCCGUAAGGAAGAAGUCAAGAAGCUGGGUGAGGACUAUGCCAAGCAGGUUGAAGUCGACCGUACAAUCUACGAAAAGGUCAAGGCAAAGACCCUCAAGGAGGCGGAGGAGAAGCACAAGGAGAGUGUUGAGCUCAAGCACCGUCUUACCCGCCUUGUUUCAUACUACGAGGAUUUCAGAAGCUCUCUGCAUGAGAGGCGUCGUGAUGAGUUUGAGAAGCGCCGUAGAGAUGCAGAGCGUGAGUUGGAGAAGCAGAUUGCCGCUCGCAAGAAGGAGUUCCGCGACCGCAGGCUGCGGGAGAAGAGAGAGCGGGAAGAGAAAGAGCGUGAGCUUCGUGAGGCUGAAGAGCGUGCUGCUCGCGAGAAGGAAGAGCAACGUCAGCGUGAGGAGGCGAGAAAGGCCGAACUCGCCAAGCUCAAGGAGCAGCGAGACAAGGAGCGUCAAGAGAUGCUUGAGAAGGCUGCCCUUCAGCAGCGCCGUGAAGAAGAAGCCUUGGCUCGCCGGAAAGCCGAAAAGGGAGCGGGUGCGGCGCCCUUACGAACGGAGACUCCAGAAGGCCGGAAACCUCCUGUCAUUGGAUCCGGCAGCUGGCGCGAGCGUGAGGCAUCCAAGAAUGCCGCCGCCGCUGCUGCUGCUGGCGCCGCGUCUACCUCUGAAUCCCGGCCCGGACCUGCCAUGGAACGCACCGAUUCCAACGACCGCCCCUCUGGGCCUCCUCGCCUGCAGCUCGCCGGCUCCGGCAACAAGCCUAGCUGGCGUGACCGUCAAGCAGCCAAGGGCGAUGCCCCUUCAUCAUCGGACAAUACUCCCCCGCCCGCUACUUCAAGAGGCUUUGGCGGUCCCCGUGGUGCUGCUCCCUCUAUGGACCGUGGUGGCUCAAACCGUGGCGACAAUGGCCGAACAUCUUCACCUGCUCCUCAGUCUGAGUCUUUGCCUCCUCGUACUGCCGGCAAGUGGGUUCCUCCUCAUCUGAGGAACAAGGCUUAA